CGGGACCCUCUGGGGCCCCCAUAUGGGAGCCAGGGGAUUGAGGGACCCCAUACAGGGUGUUGGCGGACCCCUGACCGAACCCUGCCGUCUUGAGAAUCCAAGUGAGAGUGUAGGAACCAGGGGGACCCCAAACCAGACUCUGAGCGUCUUAAGAGUUCAGGUCAGAGCAUCAGGGUCAGCAGAACCCCAAGGCGGAUCCCAGGGGUCUGGCGGACACCAGACGAGAAUCUGGGCGUCUCAAGAACGCAAUUCGGAGUGUAGGGGUCAGAGGAAUCCCAAACGGGCGCUCAGGAGUCCGGGGUCCCUAAAAAAGGAGCUGAGCUGUCUGAAGGACCCCAUGCGGGAGUCGCUGCCGGCGCCUCCCUACUUUUUCCGCGGAUGAGGACCAUGAAUGGUGUCUUAGAAGCCCGGGCGCCCCCAGCCGGCGCCGGAACUCGGCGAGUUGGUGCACGUGGCGAGGCCGGUUGUGGAUUCGAGUUCUGCAUCCGUUCAGCUUCUCCCGCCUCCGGCUGCGGGGAAGCUCUUCGUGGGUGGUCUUGAUUGGAGCACGACUCAAGAGACUCUGCGCAGCUACUUUUCCCAGUAUGGAGAAGUUGUAGACUGUGUUAUUAUGAAAGAUAAAACAACCAACCAGUCUCGUGGUUUUGGGUUUGUCAAAUUUAAAGACCCGAACUGUGUGGGAACAGUGCUGGCCAGCAGACCACACACCUUGGACGGCCGGAAUAUUGACCCAAAGCCAUGCACACCUCGGGGGAUGCAGCCAGAGCGGACACGGCCAAAGGAAGGAUGGCAGAAAGGACCCAGGAGUGAUAGCAGUAAAUCAAACAAGAUCUUUGUUGGUGGAAUUCCUCACAACUGUGGUGAGACAGAGCUCAGGGAAUACUUCAAGAAAUUCGGAGUGGUCACCGAAGUGGUCAUGAUCUAUGACGCAGAGAAGCAGAGGCCUCGAGGUUUUGGAUUUAUUACUUUCGAGGACGAACAAUCAGUGGACCAGGCUGUCAACAUGCAUUUUCACGACAUCAUGGGCAAAAAAGUGGAAGUUAAACGGGCUGAACCUCGAGACAGCAAGAGCCAAGCACCAGGGCAGCCGGGCGCCAGCCAAUGGGGGAGCCGUGUUGUGCCCAGUGCUGCCAAUGGCUGGGCAGGCCAGCCCCCACCCACGUGGCAACAAGGAUACGGCCCACAAGGAAUGUGGGUGCCAGCAGGACAGGCAAUUGGUGGCUACGGACCGCCCCCUGCAGGGAGAGGAGCCCCCCCACCGCCCCCUCCGUUUGCCUCCUACAUCGUGUCCACCCCUCCUGGCGGCUUUCCCCCUCCUCAGGGCUUCCCACAGGGCUAUGGUGCCCCACCGCAGUUCAGUUUUGGCUACGGGCCUCCACCCCCACCACCUGAUCAGUUUGCCCCUCCUGGGGUCCCUCCUCCACCUGCCACUCCUGGGGCAGCACCUCUGGCUUUCCCGCCCCCUCCAUCUCAGGCCACCCCAGAUAUGAGCAAGCCCCCGACAGCCCAGCCGGACUUCCCCUACAGUCAGUAUGGCCUGGGCCUAUUCCUUGCUUACUCUAGGGUCAGGCUGAGCAGCUGCCUCUCUCUCCACUGUCCUCCCAUCGCCUGCACCCUGGAAGCGGCAUCCUCGGCACCUCAGGCGGGAUGGAUAAUGGCAGUGCCCUCAGGAUCUCUGCUGGCUCCAGGAGUGUCCAGGGCCGUGUCCACUAGUCCCCCAAUUGGGAGCCCAGAGCCUGGGCAGGCCUCCUGGUAGAGCAGAGUCCAAGCCGUCCACAUGAAGAUGGUUUUUUUGAAGAUGGCUCCCUUUCCCAGGAGCGUUUUCCACCCCUGAGAUUGGCGGUGUGGGUGUCUGGGUCUUAUUUAGGGACAGAGGACCUGCCCAGUGCAUAUUGUCUCUGUGGCACUGGUUGGUCAGCCAUGUUCCCCAAGCCCCGUUAUUAACCCACCAAGCUGGCUGCUGAUUUGAGAUCCCACAGGGCACACCACGUAGGCUCUGGUGCCCAGCCCAGAGAUGCACCCAUGCCACUCUAGAGGUGCAGGCUACAGGUGCAGGCUAUGUCUACCCCAUGGGCAUGGAAAAUGCACAUGCGAGUGAGAGCAAAUUUUAUAGAUGCCCUGGGUUGGGUCUCUGUGGCAGCUGGACGGUGUGUUGAAAAGCCAGGCGCUUCACUCACCUUACCUGAGAGCCUCGGGAGGACAGCGGAUCACGUGGCCUGUGAAGGAUCGGGAAGCCUCUCUUCCUUCUGUGUGGGUCCUGCCCAUGAGGGUUUAAAGAUGAAACUCCCUGAUUUAUCUCUCUACAAGUGGCCCCAGCCAGCUGGGUUCUUGGUGCCCUCCUGCCCUGUGGGGCCCUCACACGUCUUGAGUCAAGUCCAGGCUGCCGCCCAAGGGCAGAGCUAACGGGCACGUGGGCCAUCGU